UGCACGUCCGUCUACAACAAUGCCACCACACGCAUCGUCCCUCCCGACCGAGCACAAUACCAUUUUGCUGGCGCCCACACAGCCGAAGACGGUACAUAAUGCGCCUGCCCUUUCUCCCCGACUUUCUCCAUUGCAUUCCACUACCUACCGCCUUUCAUUUCAGGUUCACGGGCCGCGCCUCGUGCUAAUAGCUGAAGAGCUUCACGGUCUCUCGCCAGCCUAGCCAGCUUCACGCCGCUUCCUCAACUCGUGCGGGCACACACCAGACGCCACCUACGCCUUUCUGCUCGUCUUUCCCGUCCCUCGUACACCAAACCAUUCCUUGCUUGACCCACAUCCACGACUACACUCAUGGCGCCCUCCAAGACUCGUGGUUACAUCUUCAUCGGCUUGAAUGCCGUCCGCGUGUUGAGCAUCAUCGCGCUGCUCCUGCUUUUCGCUAGUAGCAUCGUUACUCUCGUGCAAGACAUCAAAGCCGUCAACGCUUUCAUCGCUGAAGGAAGCCACCAGGACAUCCUCGUGUCAUCUGGAAACUCAACAGAGACGGUGGAUUGCUCUGACAUGGAUUAUGUCCCAGGUAGCACGGUGCCGAACCAGCCCGCAGGGGCUUUCUGGGCCGUCCUCAACCGCCUGCUGAUCAUCUUCCAAGUCAUCGUUCUCGUCAUGUCCGAGGUUGGCUGGCCUGCUACUUUCUUCAGCCGUUUCUUCCCGAUACUGGGCGACGACUUUGGGCUCGGCGCCCUUGGUGUCAUCCAGUGCCUGCUAGGCGCUGCCGUCCUCUCGCACCACGUCGACGAGUUCUCGCUCGUUUCUGCGUUCUUCCUCUUCUCCAUCGGCUGCCUGAACAUUCUGCUCGGCCUCAUCUUCCGCGAGAAGGCGAAGCCCCGGCGCGCGAUCAAGGCUUGGAAAGAGACGGACGAGGUCCUCCCGCGCACGUCCCUACGCUCGGGCCCGAGGCCAUUCCUUACCUCCACCAGCACCGGCUCGACGAACCCCGUAGCGCCGUGGGACGAGAAGGGUGCUGACGCUGCCCGGAGUGGCACACUCUUGAGCCAGAGGAGCGGGAUGGGCUUUGGGAGGCAGGGAGAGAAGGCUGCUCUCGCUCGAGGGCACACUGUGACCACGCCCGAAGCGACCUUGCCCCAGUAUGUCCCCCGGGCAACCGCCACACUGAGCCCCGCCCCGACGUACGUCUCGCGUACUGUCAGGUACGCCGCUCCUGAGCCCGAGCCCGAGGCGGAUGAAGACGGUCGGCGCAGCUCUGGUGUCAGCUACGCAAGCGCGGAAGGCACCCCGCGCGCAGUCUGAGACUGCGCGGCACGAACAUACAUCCAUCGCAGGCACGCAACAUACGACAUACAACGAACUACGUGUCGACGGGACCACGCUCACUACUAAGCUAGAUUCUGUUAAUUGCUUGCUGGGGUUCCGUCCGAGCUUGGAUCUUGGACGGCCCGCAUACGCGGAUGGGUGGUGAUUGGACUUUCUUGGUGCUCGCAUCUUUGGAUUCUCUGGAGCUGAACACUGUAUACUUACGCCGAUCUUUGUCUCGACUGACCUAAUGUAGCUCUAAACCGUCCUGUGUACAUUAUGCCAUUCUGCUUUCACUAGUUUUCGCCGCAAUUCUCAUCUCGUCGGUGCCAC